AUGAGUCACCAGAGCGGAUCUCACAUACGACAUGCUAGAAACGGAGGAGAAGUCAAGAUCGGAAGUUAUACUGUAGAUGGAUACCAGGAAGCUACUCGCACCAUCUUCGAAUUUUACGGAUGCUAUUGGCACGGAUGCCCUACUUGCUAUCCCAAUCUACAGACCGAAACUCAUCCUCACCGGACACAAUUUACUUACCAGGAAUUACACGAGGAAACUUUAAGGAGGAAUACGGUCUUAGAGGAAAUGGGGUACUCCGUACAUAGUAUCUGGGAACACGAUUUCGAUCAACAAGUACAAAGAGAGGUGGCAUUACAGAAUUAUGUACGAGACCUGGACAUUCCAGAUCCUUUGAACCCCCGAGAAGCCCUGUACGGAGGCCGCACGAAUGCUACAAGAUUGUAUUGUGAGGAGGGGGACAUGAGAUACGUGGACGUCUGUUCCUUAUACCCUUACGUAUUAAAACACAGACCUUUUCCCCUAGGCCAUCCUCAGAUCAUAACAGACCAAUUCCAGGACGUGAGAACUUAUUUUGGCCUCAUUCACUGUCGGGUCUUACCACCCCGAGGCCUCUAUCACCCCGUUUUACCUUAUCGCACAGGAGGCAAGUUAUUAUUUCCAUUAUGUCGAACCUGUGCGGAACGACAGGACUCUACUUCUAAACAUCGAUGUCAACACACAGACCAGGAACGCAGUCUUACAGGUACUUGGGUGACUACAGAAUUACAUAAAGCCUUAGACAUGGGAUAUACUUUAGAGCGGAUUUACGAGGUUUGGCAUUUUCCAGAAAGCAGUCAAGAUUUAUUCAGAUCUUACAUCGAUACCUUCUUAAAGAUCAAACAGGAAGCCUCUGGAUUCCCACCUGAUUGUCAGACGGAGGAACAGAAACUAGAUUACAUUCGUAAAGUAAUAGACAGAGAAGGGAUUAGAAUGGACCUAUUAAAUAUAGAAAAAAAUCCUGUGCGAAGAACGAUAGCCAAACUCUUUUUAAAUUGCUUGUGGGGAAAAUUCGCUCAACGCCUGUUAUUACCUAAAACUCGAUACUUGACCGAAGAAGAGGAAGUACAGCAACUCUUACAAGAUUCGACCAUUGACAUCAAAGGGCUAGAACUCUUAGAAAAUAAAGAGCAGCCCGAAUCGGACAUGAUGCUGGUGAAUUAUCAAGAGAAACAGGAAUUUGUAGAAGAGUGUCCCUUCGGAAACGUGGUACUGGCCUGUUUCACUACCGCUCAUGCCCGAUUACACCUCUACGAGACUUUACAACCUUUAGGAGAUCGGGUCCUUUAUUUCGAUACGGACAGUAUCAUAUACCAACAUAAGGAGGGACAAUUUAAUCCUACCCUUGGCCACAGUUUAGGAGAAUGGACUGAUGAAUUAGACGGGGACCACAUUAUCAAAUUCAUGUCAGGAGGUCCUAAAAAUUAUGCUUACCUCACAUCCAAGGGAAAUUCCGUGUGUAAAGUCAAAGGAUUGACUCUUAAUUAUCGGGCUUCCAAUAUCGUAUCACCAGAGACAUUAGAAAAAAUGCUCAAGAAAGAAAUGGAUGAAAUCCAAGUCUCCUAUCCCUACAAAAUACAGAGGACUCGUCAACAUGAAGUCAAGACAAGAGAAGCUACCUUUAAAGAGGGAUGGCCCGAGUCUUUAAAAGGAUUAUUACCCAACCUAGCCAAAGCCGGAUUUUUUUACAGGGGAGUGAGUGAUAAGACCACUUGUUUUCAUUGUGGUAUGGGUUUUACCAACUGGGAACCUACAGACGAUCCUUAUGUAGAACAUGCUUAUUGGAACCCUAAUUGUCCUUACAUCAAUACCUAUAAAGGACGUGAGUGGGUGAUGAUCGUAUUUAUUAACCAUUUACUCCGGGUGGGAUACAAAGUUUCACCUGAAAUUAAACCUCUACUAGAGCAAACCUCUACAGAGAUUCAGGCCACAGGAAAAUGUCACAUUUGUUUAGAGGGAGAAUUACAAAUGGCUUUACUCCCUUGUGGACACAUAUGUUGCUGUUCAUUAUGUGCUCCCACCUUCCGGUAUUGCCCCAUCUGUCGAUCCGAUGUGAAGAGAACUCAACGUAUAUUUCUGUGUUGA